AUGGCCGCUGAACGACUCGCCAAGCUCUAUCUCGAACUCAUUGUGUCGCUGCAAAAAUCCCAAGAAGCGUAUAACGAUGUGCAAGCAAUUGUCCACUGGUACGAGGUGGCCAGAGAGAAGGCGACGAGAUUGGAUUCGCUGAGAAGACAGGUCGAGGUAAACCGUCUGGCGAGGGAGUACACUGCUCACUACAAAAAAACUGCCGCUCUCCUGCUGGUUUCUCUAGAAGCUCAGCGGAAGUUCGACCGGUUCCUCCAAGACAACUUCUAUGAGCUGGUGAGUACAGUCAAAAAUUUCCUUGAUCUGAAAAAAUUUGAUUUCAGCUCGAAGCGUUUGACCUUGAAGAUCAAUUCCGGGCGCAGGUAAUUGUUGCGAUGCCUUAAAAAUCUAUCUCAGUCAUUUCCAGAACAACGAUCGUCCUUAG